UUUCGGCGCGGGCACACUGUUUAGCCAACGGUCACACUGCAGAUAGUAAAUAAAGCAUUUGGUGGAAUUUAUUGAGUUUACUGACCAGUUAGGACCCGUAAAAUGACACGCCACGCGCGCAACUGCACGGCCGGAGCCGUGUACACCUACAACGAGAAGAAGCGGGACGCGGCGGAGUCCGGCUACGGCACCAAUGCCCAGCGGCUGGGCAAGGACUCGGUGAAGUCCUUCGACUGCUGCUCGCUGACGCUGCAGCCGUGCCGCAGGCCCGUGAUCACCAAGGACGGCUUUCUGUUCGACAAGGAGGCCAUACUGCAGUACAUCGUGACCAAGAAGAACGAGUACAGCCGCCGGCUGAAGGAGUACGAGCGGCUGAGGCGCGCGGAGGAGGACCAGCUGAGCCAGGAGGCCAACAGCAAGCAGCAGGCACGCAUGGAGCGCUUCGUCAAUGCCGAGAAGCCAGCGAUGACGCCCGCCCACUCCUCCGCCGCCGCCGCCGCCGCCAAAGAGAAGCCAUCCACUUCAUCCGCCGCUGCAGCUUCGUCCUCUGCCUCCUCGAUUUCCAACAUGACCAACGGGCACGAGAAGAAACUGCCCAGCUUCUGGUUGCCCUCCGAGUGCCCCAAUGCUGGGCUGGCCAAGGCCCAGAAGCCCGAUGCCACCAUCUACUGCCCUGUGUCGCAGCAACCGCUGAGGGUCAAGGAUCUGAUUGAUGUCAAGUUCACGCUGCUCAAGGAUGGUGAUUCCAAGCGCUCGCUGAUUGCCAAGGAGGCGCGCUACAUGUGUCCCAUUACCCACGACGUCCUCAGCAAUGCGGUGCCCUGCGCCGUUCUGCGUCCCACUGGCGAUGUGGUGACCAUGGAGUGUGUGGAGCGGCUAAUCAGAAAGGACAUGAUUCAUCCCCUUACCGAUCGCAAGCUCAAGGAUAAGGACAUCAUUCCGCUGCAGCGAGGCGGAACUGGUUAUGCAACCACCAACGACAACCUACAGGCCAAGGAGAAGCGACCCAUGCUCCAGGUCUAAGACGAAUUUCCCAUUUCUGCAGUUAUUUAAGCCCUCUCCAAUAGAAAUAUACGCAUUUUUAGCCUUAGCUAGUAGAGAAAUCUAAAGGAGCAAUAGAUUCAUCAAGUAAUUUAAAUCACAAUCAGACAGUUAUGAGAAAUUAUGAUGUUCUUUGAUAUAGUUUAUGUUUUGGAACCUUUGUAAACCCCAUUACUCUUGAAAUCACAACAUGGUUAUCUAUGUUUCCCUUGCGUAAUGUCAAAUAAAAACGCCUCCUGAUACACGUACAACAUAA